AUGGCAGAGAAGCUAGGCAUUGCUGGAGCCUUGCAGCGCCCUACUACUUCAAUCAUGUUUGGAGAUGCAACUUCUAAGUCUCCUCUUGGAGUGUUCAAGAACUAUCACUUGAAAAUUGGAGAAUGCAUCAUCCAAACUGAUCUCACUGUGAUGGAAAUGGAAGAAGAGAAGGAUCUACCUCUGUUAUUGGGAACCCCUUUCCUUAGUACAGUUGGCGCUUCAAUAGACUUUCACAAGCAAGAAGUGAUCCUUCACAAGGUGAAUAGUUUGGUGUCAUAUCGCUUGCAGCCUAGAGGUUCAGACUUUUGUGCCACAAUUGACAGUACCACUCUCAGUUCUAAGAGUCAUGGAGCUACAAAGGUUGUGAAGGAAAGGGUUGACAAAGAACCAAGAGUUGGGAAGGAUAAGGUUGAGAGAGGACCAAGGAUUGAGAAGCCACGUCUUGAGAGGGCUAGAGUUGAGAAACCACGAUCUGAUAGGCCACGAGCUGAUAGACUUGUUCAAGCCCCUUGUGUGCUUGAUGAAGAGAGCCUUCAAGCUUUGUUUGAUGAGCCACUAGGAAGGGCUCUAAAAGAAGGGGAGGAUGUAGCCUCUAAGGCAAGACCAGGGAUAAAAGAAAGGAUCCACCAGCUCAGGCCCCUUCAUCAAGCCAUCUCAGCUCACAAUGACUUUGUUCCCCACCAAGUUUGA